UACUACAACCCAGCCAAUGGUGGUGGUCAUAUGCUGACUAUCGUCCCGGAGCUAGACGUCGGGGAGCCGAUCAAUAUCAUCGUCAGCGGUCGCAGCUCGCGCUCGGUCCUCACCCCCGUAGGUUUCCUCCUCUGGGCCACUUCCAUCAACUAUGGUGUCUCCUGCCUCGGCUCCUCGGACAUCGGCACAGUUCAGUCUGCCAAUUUGGGUGAUGGAUUUGGUCCAAGACCUCAAGGAAGUGAUGGUGAAGGUAUCAAUGGUGUGUUGCGAUACAACUAUGGCUCGCCCUACUUUGGCACUUGCAAAGAGACUUUUGAUGGUGGAAGUCACAUGCGCUGGUUCAUCCAGAACGGCAGCGACGCCGAUUCGUCGGCAAUCUUCCUCGCGGCUUCUACCGAGCUUCCCCUGGCGUACGGACACGACAUUGCACAGAAUGGAUACAACAUCGGUCGAGAUGAGAUCGUGGGCAAUGCGACGAACCCCGAGGGUACGUCGUGGGAGGGCAACACCUACAACACUACGGUCAUUUGGGUCCCGGCGGGACUGCUGCUCAAUGCCACGAGCGACGGAGUCAACCAUCCCAACGUCGCAUUGCCAGGACAGCCAGCACAGGACGGUAGGGUCGCCGUACUGACCAUUACCCAGCUCGACGGGUCCGCGAGCCAGGUCGAGAUUGCCAACGGUGCUCGACGUACUGGCCAUGCGGGAGUCGCUCUGCUCUUCACACUCCUCGCCGCUGGAUUGUUGUUG